UACAACACCCGCAAAUAUGUCGAUCGAUGCGCCCGCCUACAUUGUCUCCCUCCAGAACAACAUCCGAGCACGGCCGAUCUCAUGGGAAGGAGCCGUCCGCGCAAAGACUAUCACCGAUGAGGACCUCAAGAAGAUCAAGGCAAUUGACAAGGUGCGGAAAGAGCAGAGGAAGCAGACAAUCGAGGGAGAUGUGAAGACAUAUACUGCGUUGCUGUUAGGCAACGGCGAGUCGUCGAAGAGCAUAUUCGAGAGUGCGGCGAAGCGGACGGACAUCUUGCAGUACAUGCUAGUAUUGACGGGGGAUUUGAUUGAUGACAUUCCCUCCUUGACAGAGUCGCUCAUUGCCCAUCCGCACCCAUACAAGCCGCUCCUGCCUCUUCUGAAGCAAUCGAAUAACCCAGAGGAUCCGAUCCCACUGCUCACAUCCUCCGUCCUCUCGUCACUACUUUCGCACGCUUUGAUAGCACAACCCAGAUCCACACCCGAGAUCGACGAAGCGCUGCCGAAGCUCUACUCCUACAUCGCCGAGCUCGCAAAGACCUCCGACUCCAACCUGCAAGACAUCGCAGUCCAAGAAUACAGCGCCCUCCUCCGCACCAGCAAAUCCCGCCAACAAUUCUGGACGCAACGCAAGGAGACCCUUGGUCCACUCAUCGACGUCCUCCGCAAUGCUACAGGCGGUAAGGAUACGGACAGCACCUUCUACAAUGGCAGCACCGGCACCAGUAUCCGCAGCCUCACAGAAGCGAACAUCAAAAUCAGCGGCGUGGGUCUUCAACUUCUAUACCACAUCCUCAUGGUCCUCUGGCAGCUCUCCUUUGAAGGCUCCCUCGUCGGUCCCGGUCUAGACGAAGAACAUGACAUCGUCCCACUUUACACCCAACUCCUCCGCGUCUCACCCAAGGAGAAAACCACCCGCCUCCUCCUUGGCACUCUGUUCAACCUCCUCUCCUCCAACAAAGCCACCCUCAUGCCCGCUGCUCUCCCUGCCAAAUUGCCUGGAAUCCUCACAAACCUCAAAACCAGGCAUCUCACGGAUCCGGACUUGCUCGAGGACCUCGAAUCCCUUACGACCAUGGUCGAAGAAUAUACCGCCACCCAAACCACAUUCGACGAAUACUCCGCUGAAGUCCUCUCAGGCCAUCUCCGCUGGUCACCUCCGCACAAAGACGCCACUUUCUGGCGCGAGAACGCCCUCCGCAUUAUCGAAGAUGACAAAGGUGCGCUAUGCAAGAAACUGGCUGAGGUGCUUUCCAAAGAAUGGGCGAACGACAAGCAGGUCCUCGCGAUCGGAUGCAACGACGUGGCGUUUCUAGUCAAGACGUGUCCGGAGAAGAGGGCGGUGUUGGAGAAGUUGGGGUUGAAGGUCAGGGUUAUGGCGUUGAUGCAAGAUGGGGAUGAAGGGGUGAGAUGGGAGAGUCUGAGAGCGGUGGGAGAGUGGUUGAGGUAUAGUUUUGAUAAGGAGGGUUGA